UAAAGAAGAGAUUCCGGAUUGUGAUCAUAGCGAGAAGUUGCGAGAUACUCCAGCCAGUAAUAGCGAGAUACUCCAUAUAGUGAAAACAAGAUAAUCCGGAGCCUUUAGCUAAUUUCUCAUUGUCGAAAAUUCGAGUUAUUUUCCAACGCGGUGGGGUUUCACAAGAGAUGUGAGAAUGCUUCCCGUGGUACCGUGCGCGCGUGUGUCUACGAAACAAAAUGAAGGAGUAUGAACAAGAGAAGCUGAAAGAAAUUUAAAGCCGGUGUCAACCAUCCUUAGCAUCGUUGUUGAUGAGAAGAUAUUGUUUUGGUAUUUAUCAUAUAGCAGAUUGUCGAUCCCGGCAAGAUGGGGUAUCAAAGUGUUGCAUCGGUUCAAACCAGCGCUGGUUUAAUAAGGCCAAAUGUGUUCCGUAAAGUAAUUGACUUUGCCAAUGUCUUCAAAGCAUUUAUUGGGACAAACUGGAUUGCUCUGCCAUUUGCAUUCCGCCAGAGUGGUGUUGUGCUUGGAAGUAUCGGUCUGUUUAUUAUUGCCAUAUUGACUGAUCACUGCUGUCAACUAAUCAUUAAAUGCAAGAAGUCUGCUGUCGGCAAAAUCCUCCGCAAAAUGCCAAAAUACAACAAUCCAAGAAUAUCAUUGUCAGAAAAACUCGAACUUGAAGCCAAAGUUGAGAAGAAGAUGAUGUAUGGUGAUAUUGGGAAAGUUGCUCUUGGCAAACCAGGCUUAGUACUUGUGGAAGUGUCGCUUUUAAUCACACAGAUCAUGUUCUGCGUUGGUUACUUUAUAUUUAUUGGAAAUACAAUCCAAGGGUUGUUUGUUAUUAAGAAGACAGAUGUUGUUAACUCCACACUGGCAAACACCACUAACACUGAUUCUAAAAACAGCUCAGUUCCAAGUUUUCCAUUACUCCUUCUGAUUCCUGUAGUUCCGCUGAUAUUGAUGGCAUUUAUACGACGUGUGAGAAAGCUAGGCCCUGUCAGCUUUAUCUCCAAUUUAGCACUUCUGUUUGCCUUCCUGGCAGUUCUGGGGUACAUGUUGACAGGGUGGACGUUUAAAUUGAACAAGAUAAGAUUAUUCAGCUGGUCAACGUUUCCAGUGUUUUUUGGUCAAGUCACAAGUGCAUAUGAAGGGAUAGGCACGUUAAUUCCUAUUGAGUCCAGUAUGGCGGAGAACAGACACCGGUACCCAUUGUACCUCCACCUGGCCCUUGGCCUUCUUUCUGCCAUUCUCGGAGGGUUUGGAAUUACCGGCUACCUCGUCUAUGGUGAAAACGUCGACCAGAUUGUUACGAGUGAACUACCUCAAGGACUCUUGGUGACCGUUGUCCAGAUAUUACUCUGCCUGGCCAUUCUGUUUACCUACCCUCUGCAGUUAUUUCCAGUGACAGAGAUUAUUGAAAGCUACUUGUUCAAAGAGUAUAACAGGCGUAAAGAGGAGAAGUAUGAGGCGAUGAAUGUGGCCAAGGAUUCAGUUGCCGACUCAGGAACUGAGAUAGACAGUGAGGCAGGUGACGAGACAAUUGAGCUCGUUCCUAAAGUCAAUCAACGAAGAUUGAUUAAAAAGAAGACAAGUUGGAGGAAGAACUUCCUAAGGAUGGUCCUAGUACUGAUCACUGCAGGCUUCGCCAUACUCCUCAAGGAUGACUUCGCCUACGUCUCUGCACUGUGUGGCUCACUCGGAAGCUCUAUGCUGGCAUUUAUAUUGCCCUGCAUAUUCCAUAUCAAAUUAGAACGUGGCUCCAUAUCACGGCUUACGAUAGCCAAGGACAUAGGGCUGAUCUUGUUUGGGGUUAUCGGUGGCGGGGUUGGCGUCACUGUCACAAUUCUCGAGAUUGUGCGAAGCUUUUCUCGUCCUCUCCCAAACUAAUUUCCAUAAUUUGCUCUUUAGAUAGUUAGCGAUAAAUGGUAGGUUCAUUAUAGGUUAGUAUUGACUUCCAGGGGCGUAGCCAGGGGGUGUGCCCCCCCUCCUUCUAACAACCAUUAUCUAUAAUACAGGAAAAAAUGACUUGGAAGGGCCUUUUGGGCCCCCUCCUGUUAAAAAUCCUGGCUACGCCGCUGACUUUUAAAGCCGAAAAUUGGUCUAAACGUUUUUGGAUUUUAGUAUAACUAAGUAUUGUCAGUAUUUCCGAGCGUUGGACGCAAUUAGAGAAUCACCCGAACGGUUGUUAUAGGAGAGAAUGUUUAACAAAAGAACUCGAAAUCUUCCAAGUGUAGUAGGAAAGGAAUAUUUUUCUUGACUACAUGCGAAAGUUCUGGUCGAAAUCAGACGUUCACAUUUCAAUAUUGCUAUAUGGUUAUUUUGUUCCGCAAGAUUUGGAUUAUUCUCGAUUUUUCCAGAAUAACUCUAGGUAACCUCUACAACCGUGCCAGCGCCUCUUGUUUAUAGCCUCGCCUUUCUAUAUAGCCCUGUGUUUGAUAAUGGGAGAGUUCAUAGUCUUGGCCAUCUUUGGUUUAAAAAGCAUACAAGGGGGAAUUUGAGGUCCCAUAAAUAACCCAAUGAUACAUGCCAUGACGGAUGUACUUAUGCAAUCAAAUGCCGCCAAGCAAGCUUCUCAAUGCAAGAAGCGUCAACAACGGCUUGCGAGGCUUACCACAAGAAA